AUAGGAGGAUGAAAUGUAAACAGUUAUGCCUAGACUCCAUCCAUGAAGUUUGUGUUCUCACAUAAACGAAUUCUGUGACCCUCACAAGCCAAUCAGAAAAAUAUUUCUACGCUUCUUCUCUGCUCUUCGUCGGGCGGGAAAAGGAAAAAAGAGCCCCUAAUGAAAACCGCGCACAAUCACAGAAUCUCUCUCUCUCUCUCUCUCUCUCUCUCUCUCUCUCUCUCUCUAAAUUAACCACACAAAGUGUCAAAUGCGACACCGUUUUAUGUCCCUUUCUUUACUUCCACUAGAAUCAAUUCCUCCGCUUGGUUUUGUAUUAAAUUGCCAUCCAUUUCCUUCACUACCUAGUACCGACCCCAUUAACGUCUCUCUCUCUCUCUCUCUAAUCCUCCCUGUGAUCUGGUUUAAUCAUGAAUUGCUGUGACUCUCAUACCUGCAAUGCUGAAACUCAGAUUUUGGCUGUUAUCAUGGAUUUGGAUGGGACCCUUUUAGACACAGAAAAAACAACAAAAUACAUUGUGAAGGACUUUUUGGCAAAAUAUGGCAAGAUCCUGGAUAGUGACAAGGAAGAUAACAGGUUGGGUCAAACGCACAAAGAGUCAGCAGCUGCCAUUGUUAAGGAUUAUGACCUUCCCUUGACACCUGAUCAAUUUUCCAAGGAAAUCAUGCCUUUGUAUGUGGAGAGGUGGCCACUUGCCAAAGCUCUUCCCGGUGUUAAUCGCCUUAUCAAGCAUCUAUGUAAACAUGGAGUUCCAUUUGCUCUUGCUUCAAAUUGCAUAAGGAAACACAUUGACGAAAAAAUUUCUCGGCAAGAAGGAUGGAAGGAAUCAUUUUCUGUAAUUCUUGGAAGGAAUGACGUUAAUUCUGGGAAACCUGCUCCUGACUUAUUUCUAGAGGCAGCAAAGAGAAUGGGUGUAGAUCCCUUGAGCUGUCUGGUGAUCGAAGACUCCUUGCCUGGUGUUAUGGCUGCAAAGGCUGCUGGAAUGAAGGUAGUAGCUGUUCCAUCACUCCAAACUCACACUGAUCGGUAUUCAAUGGCGACUUAUGUGCUUCAUUCACUUUUGGAGUUUCGGCCUGAGCUUUGGGGUCUUCCACCAUUUGACGACUGGGUGGAAAAUACUUUGCCAAUUGAACCCAUGUAUGUGAAGGCUGUUCCCUGUGACGGGUUUUUGAGUGAAGUUUCAGAUGAUUAUCCAACCCCUCUUCCUGAUCAAAUUUCGGGAGUCUUCUUCGGUUGGGCUAAGCUUGGCACAUCUAAAAUCUUCAAAGCUGUGGUGGCAAUCGGAUGGCAAGGCAAUUCAGUUAUAGCAAAGCGAGUAAUGCUGCCAUAUCUCAUUGAUGAAACAGGAGAGUACGCAACAGAUAAUCCAUGGCAGCUUCUGCUCGUUGGAUACAUAAGAGAACUGAGUGGGGAGGUGAACACCUCCCUGGAUAUAGAAAUACUUGAAGAAGACAAAUCUAUUGCCAUGGCUGCCUUGAAUCUUCCAGUGUUCGCCCAUCAUAGAGACAGUCCUCUGUUAGCAGAUGUAGCUUGAGUAAAUGAAAAUAAGGUUGUUUUGUGAAACUAAUUGGAUAUGGUGAACUGUAUUUUAUUUUUAUGAGAAAGAAAUGGCAAACUAUAUUGUUUUUCA